AUGACUUUCAUUGCUAUUAAAAAUCCAAUUUUCACACAUGAAUUCAUACGGGGAGAAACGAAAAUAUUUAUGGAUAAAUUAAAAAUGUUAUCGAAACCUUUCGAAAUCGAAAAAGAAUUUAUUGACUUGCAGAAAAAUUUGAUUUAUUUAUCUCAGUGUAAAGAAAUAACAAAAUUAAGUAAAAGAAAAUUUAAUAGAUUGCGAUUGAUUGUCGACAUAAUCGAUAUGAUAAUAAAAAAUUAUGAGCAUGUAUUUGUCGAUGAACAUGUUGAAGAAUGCGAAGAAUUCAAUAUAAUCCUACCAUUUUAUUUUCCAUUGAAUUUAAUAUCGAAGAGACAAGUUGAAUUAUGUAAUGGGAAAGCGAUUGUGCCAUGUAACCAUUGGAAAAAAAUUGUCGAAAUGAUUUAUUCGAAUUAUUUACAAAUCGAAAUGAAACUCAUUGAAAAAUGUAAUGAAAUUGAUAAUGUCAUUUACAAUGGUGAAGAUGAUAGAAUAAGGAGUCUUAUAAGGAGAUUUGAUGUUUUGCUUAAUGGAAAAAUAAAUAAAAAUUUAACAUCGACAAUAACAACAAAGCCUGUUAAAGCCUAUGAAAUUGAUUCACAUUCGCAAUUUUUUCCUCCUUGCAUGUCAAAUCUUCAUCAAAUAUUAAGGCGAACUCAUAGGUUGUCAUACGAGUCAAGGUAUCAAUACACUUUGUUUUUAAAAGAUAUCGGUGUGCCCGUUAUUGAAAACAUAUCUUUUUGGGAAGGAGAAUAUAAAAAACCGUCAAAGGAAUCGAAUUGUACUCACACGUGGGAGUCGAGUAAAAAUAGGUCGGUUUAUGAGUCGUAUAAAUAUCAAAUAGAACAUUUGUACGGUUUGAUUGGAAAAAAUAAUUGUAUUAAAACAAGUCAUUCGUGUUCGAAAUUUAUCGAUAGUGUACAAUCCAAAAUGGACGGCGGUUGUCCUUUUCAACACGUGACGGAUGAAAAAUUGAAAAAAUUAUUACCGAAAAAAAUAUUGGAAUUACCAGACGUUGAAGAUAUUUUUAAAUAUAAAAAUUUAAAUGCCCCGAAAAAAUGUUGCGCCGUUUAUUUGUCUUGUUUGAAAAAAGUAUUUAAGAAAAAUGAAAAAAAAUUCAAUUACGGUAGUAGUGGUAGUAAUAAUGAUAAUAAUAAUUCUUUAUGUAAUACCGAUUGCGAAAUUAAUUAUUGUAUUAUAAGUCCGUUACAAUAUUAUAACAUUGCUAAAAAUAUUCAGAAAAAAGAAAAAAGUGCAACACUGCAUUGA